ACCGCCUGCCGCAUCAGCCGGACCGAGGCGGAGCCGCGGCUGCGGGAGUUACAUCAUCCCCGACGGCGCGGCCAGGAGCCGCAGCGGCCGCGCAGACAAAGGCGCUCGCCGCUCGGGGACGGCGCAUUCGCUCGCUGCUCUGCGCCCUCGCCGCUUGCACCAUGGAGCGUCGCUGCUGCUGUCGCCUUUAGGCGGGGAGGGACGCAGGAUCCCACCCUACCCGCCGCCCCGAGGUGGGGGUCCUCUGGAUUGGGUGCUCCCCCUGCCCUCGGAUUCCGCCUACCCUGCAGGAUCGUCGGGCAAGGAAGGGAGGAAAAGCACUCCGGAGUUGGGGGGCGAGAAGGCAAGAGAAGGACCCCCUCUCCAAAAUAAAGACCCGCAUACAGGGAACGCCGUCGAGGCCGCCGCCGCCGCCAAAGGUACAGAAGGGUGCUAAUUAGGACGUGUGGGGUGGGUUAUUGGCCCCACCUGGAUUUUGGGGGGAGGAAGGGCGAGAAUCGCUUAGCCCCCCGACCCGAUUGCUAGGAAGGACCCACAGGGUGGGGGUCUCUCUGGCGAACCCCUACCGUCUUUGCUGCAACAGACUAAAAAAGGGGCUCCACUCUGGCCAUGCUCAGAGGCACCCUCGGCAUCCAAAGCGCCUUUCCUUCAGCGCCAAGGGGCCAAACUGUUUCCCACCAGGGGCACCCAGGCGUUUGGGAAUAGGAAGGAAGCAUUCUAGGCAAAAGGACUGCAGACCCAGCAGACAGGGCAUCCGGGCAUAAUCCAGGGGUGGAGGAGCUGCUUUGCUUUCAGGAGGACCCAGGUUCAGUGCCAAGCACCACCAGAUAGGUCUACUCUACCUGAAACCCAGGAGCCAGUGUGGGUGGUGCUGAGUGAGUUGGGUUCUUUAGCGUCACAGGGGGUUGGACUAGAUGGCUUUGGAGAUCCCUUCCAGCUCUACGGUUCUGAUUGUGUGACUGGCUGGGAAUAAGGCAUCUUUGCAUAUUUGUUCUCGGUUUGAAAAAUGAGUCCAAAUUGCAGCCAUUUAAUUAACAGGCAUAGGAUUCCAGCAGGUCUGUUGCUUUCUGUUCCUUAUGGGUCGCAACUGCAGAAAGUGAAUUUGGGGGCCUGACAUGUGGCCCCAGCUAAGUCUUUUCCUGGAGAACAGCCUCUUGGAUCCUGCAGCUGAGGAGCAGAAGCUUUCCUGCGGCUGAUUAAAUAUAGACAUCUCCGUCAGUCAGUAUCACAUCAUGGAGUGACUCGCAGUGAAUCUCCAGACUUCCUCCACAGCAAACAAUUGCGGUUGCCUCGGGUGAGGCGAGGCAAUUCAGAAAAUGUUUGAUGCAACAGGCGAGUAAGAGCCUUAAAAAAAAGCCAUGCAAAUUAGGUCCACAAAAAUGAUUAGCCAAUAAAACCUUUCUUACUAACAUACCUGCCUUAGUCAUAACCAGCAGUUGCCGCAACUAAAUGGCAUUUGCUUUCCCCUCUCUGGUCGCCUGGGGCGAUUCUAAACUAGUCACAGGUGAUCAAGUGAGUGGCAGCCUCUUUCAAAGGAGGGUGCCCAGUGCUCAGAGGCCUGACCCAGACCACUUUUUCCAAAGGGUUCCAUGUGGAGUCUGCAGUAUCUGAUUUGGGUCAGACCAAAUCUGUACAUGUGCAGAGUUUCUUUUUGAAAUUGGAGCAGGGUGGGGUGUCUUUGUAACGAACAUAGUUGUGAGUGGGGAAAACAGCUGAGGAACUGCAAUGCCCACCCUACCCCCUCCUCAAAAUAUUGUUGCCAUGACAGAUACUGUGACAGAGCCCAUAGGAUACAACUGCAUGUCGGUCUGGAUCAAUAAUCCAGCAACGAAGGACAGAAGUAAAAGAUGGUGUAGCGAUAAUCAGUGCAGCAGCUGCAAAAGCCAAAGGGCACAUUGUAUGUGAAGAUGUGUAUGGCUGUGCUGGCUUGGGCUGAUGGGAUUUGUAGUGCAAAACAUCUGGAGGGCAUCAGGUUGGGGAAGGCGGGCUUAGAGUUUCCUGCUGGCUGUUCUCUUGCUCCAAAUUUUCCCCAGCUGCACCAGGAUUGCAGGUGUCUUUACCACGGCAAAACUGCACCCGGGAGCUUAGGUUGAAAGCAGCAGCUGACAGGGAAGGGGUUAAAUACCCCUCUUCUGCUGCUUUGCCACUCAAAAUUGCCCUUUGCAGAAACUGCUGUUUUCCUAGGGAGGGGGAAAGUGAGGGCUGGUUUUAAACAAUGAUAUUUUUCCAUAAGGUGACGUUUGCCCCCUGGAGAUUGAGUGGGAAUUGGGAAGUCACUGAGUCAAAUCUCAGGAGCCACAAACUAGGAGGCCUUCAGCAAACCAUUUUCUUAACGGCCUGGGCCCCCACUUGUAGAAUGGAGGUAGUGACAUUGGUCUACCCUACAAGACUGUUGUAAAAGUUACUGAUAUAAUGCAUGCAAUGGACUCUGAGCACUUAGGAAAGGCUGAUGGUGGCUGAUUUCCUGGUUCCAAGCUUUCCCAGUGGGGCAAUUCAUCUAGGUGGAUGUCUGGAUUUCAUAGAAUUGCAGCCUUGGAAGGGACCCUACUGGUCAUCUAGUCCAACCCGCGGCAAUGCAGAAAUAUUGAACCCAUGAUUAGAGUCUCAUGCACUACCGACUGACUUAGUGAUUUCAGCUACUGAUUUGGAAUGAAAGUUUUAUUUCUUCUGUUACAUGUUGUGUUUGUAAUCUUACUGUUCAUCUUUAUGCUGUUUAACUGCCACGAUAAUUUUUAAAGAGGGUUGGCAUUUUUAAUUUAUUUUUUGCAAGUGAGUAAAUAUAAGCAAACCUUUAUAACUGUACUUUUAAGGGUGUCUGUGUGUGUAUAUAGUAAAGCACAGUUCUGGAACCGCACUGAGUUAGUAAUACAUGUGAAACAGAAACUAAGGGAUCAGAGCUUUGAGCAUAGACAAGAGUGUUUCUUUCCUUGCUUAGUCCUGGAUAGCUCACAGUCUUUUCUCAGGAAAUCCAGGUUGGGGAAUGCAGAGAUCUUGUUGCCAAGAAGAAAGGUGUGACCUCAAGGCAACCUUGUUCCUGGGUCAGCAGAGAGAGGGGGGUGGAGGCUGGGGGACUUGCGCUCUGUUUGCAUCAUCCACUUAUUUUCCUUGCUGAUGAGAGCAAGUGAAAGAGAGAUAGCUGAAAGCUCCUCCCUGCAGUCUCUCUGGAGGCAUUUGGAGCCUUGAGGCUGGCACGCUCUUCCGCUUGCAUACAGUUCUGGAAACCUCUGCUCCCUGUUUUGGAAGGCAGUGCCCGCAGGCAGCUUGUAGUGACGAAAAGGCAGCCUCUCUUCGCCUCCUGCAUUCAAUUAUGUUUAUGCAGAUGAUGUCCUUUUGUAAAUCCUUGCACAGGUUGUGCAAAUGAUGUCCUUUUGCAAAUCAUGCACGUUGUUGUUGUUUAGUCGUUUAGUCGUGUCCGACUCUUUGUGCCCCCCUGGACCAGAGCACACCAGGCACUCCUGUCUUCCACUGCCUCCCGCAGUUUGGUCAGGCUCAUGUUUGUAGCUUCGAGAACACUGUCCCACCAUCUCGUCCUCUGUCGUCCCCUUCUCCUUGUGCCCUCCAUCUUUCCCAACAUCAGGGUCUUUUCCAGGGAGUCUUCUCUUUCAUGAGGUGGCCAAAGUCUUGGAGCCUCAGCUUCAGGAUCUGUCCUUCCAGUGAGCACUCAGGGCUGAUUUCCUUAAUAAUGGAGAGGUUUGAUCUUCUUGCAGUCCAUGGGACUCUCAAGAGUCUCCUCCAGCACCAGAAUUCAAAAGCAUCCAUUCUUCGGGGAUCAGUCUUCUUUAUGGUCCAGUUCUCACUUCCAUACAUCACUACUGGGAAAACCAUAGCUUUAACUAUAUGGACCUUUGUUGGCAAGGUGAUGUCUCUGCCUUUUAAGAUGCUGUCUAGGUUUGUCAUUGCUUUUCUCCCAAGAAGCAGGUGUCUUUUAAUUUUGUGACUGCUGUCACCAUCUGCAGUGAUCAUGGAGCCCAAGAAAUAAAAUCUCUCACUGCCUCCAUUUCUUCCCCUUCUAUUUGCCAGGAGGUGAUGGGCCCAGUGGCCAUGAUCUUUGAUUUUUGAUGCUGAGCUUCAGACCAUAUUUUGCGCUCUCCUCUUUCACCCUCAUUAAAAGGUUCUUUAAUUCCUCCUCACUUUCUGGCAUCAAGGUUGUGUCUGCAUUCAAUUAUGUUUGUGCAAAUGAUGUCCUUUUGCAAAUCCUUGCACAGGUUGUGCAAAUUAUUUUCUUUUGCAAAUCCUUGCACAUGUAUCUCCCACCAUGCCUGAGUGCCCAGAGGUGUACUGCACCUUUACUUAAUCUGGGCAGAAGAGACGUCAUUUGCUUCUAACUCCUCUCAGGUUGAUGGCUGCUCCUUUCGUUUGGUGAGCGAGAUCAGGGGCUGCUACUGGGAGAGGCAGCACAGCUUUUCCAGUGUGUGUGAGAGAGAGCCAGUGUGGUGUAGUGGUUAAGAGCGGUAGUCUUGUAAUCUGGUGAACCGGGUUCGCGUCUCCACUCCUCCACAUGCAGCUGCUGGGUGACCUUGGGCCAGUCACACUUCUCUGAAGUCUCUCAGCCCCACUCGCCUCGCAGGGUGUUUGUUGUGGGGGAGGAAGGGAAAGGAGAAUGUUAGCCGCUUUGAGACUCCUGAAGGGGAGUGAAAGGCGGGAUAUCAAAUCCAAACUCCUCCUCCUCCUCCUCCUCCUCCUCCUCCUCUUCUUCUUCUUCUUCUUCUUCUUCUUCUUCUUCCUCCAGCUUCCCACGUCCUCCAUCCGCAGAGAGGCUUUGGGAACCUCUGGAGUUUGCAGGUCUCUGAAGAAGAACCUGCAAGAUCAGGCCGCAGGGGGCCCACCUGGUCCAGCAUUUUGUUCUUGCCAGCCAGCCCAGAUGCCCAUUAUGGGAACCCGUAAGCAAGAUCGGAGGGCAAGACCACUCUUCCUUCCAGCAACUGGUAUUCGAACCUGGAGGCAGCAUAGAGCCACCAAGAGCCUUCUCCUACAUCAAUAUAUCCAGUCCUCUUUUAAAGCCACCCAGUUUGGUGUCCAUCCCUGCCUCCUGUGGCAAGGAGUUGCAUAUUUAACUUUGCACUGCGUGAGGAAGUAUUUUACUUGUCCCGAUUCUUCCAACAUGAAGCCUAGUUGGGUAUCUCCAUCCUAGACCCCAAACUGUUGGGCUGCCUUUCUCCUUCCACGCCCAGCCUCCCUCUCCAUCAGCCCCCUUCCAUCACCUUGGGCUACCAAGGGCCACAGGUCAGUGGCAGGACACCUGCUUCGUAUGUAAAGGUAAAGGGACCGCUGACCAUUAGGUCCAGUAGCAGACGACUCUGGGGUUGCGGCUCUCAUCUCGCUGCGAGAAGCCCAGUUACAGGGAACUAAGCAGAGGGCCUUCUCGGUAGUGGCACCCGCCCUGUGGAACGCCCUCCCACCAGAUGUCAAAGAGAUAAACAACUACCAGACUUUUAGAAGACAUCUGAAGGCAGCCCUGUUCAGGGAAGCUUUUAAUGUUUAAUAGGUUAUUGUAUUUUAGUGUUCUGUUGGAAGUUGCCCAGAGUGGCUGGGGAAACCCAGCCAGAUGGGCGGGGUAUAAUUAAUAAAUUAAUAAAUUAUUAUUAUUAUUAUUAUUAUUAUUAUUAGCCGAGGGAGCCGGCAUACAGCUUCUGGGCCAGCAUGACUAAGCCGCUUCUGGUGAACCAGAGCAGCGCACGGAAACGCCGUUUCCUUUCCCGCUGGAGCGGUGCCUAUUUAUCUACUUGCACUUUGAUGUGCUUUCAAACUGCUAGGUUGGCAGGAGCUGGGACCGAGCAACGGGAGCUCACCCCGUCACGGGGAUUCGAACCGCCAACCUUCUGAUCAGCAAGCCCUAGGCUCUGUGGUUUAACCCACAGCGCCACCCGCGUCCUGCUUCAUAUGUAGAAGGUUCCAAGUUUCAUCCCUGGCAUCUCCAGGUAGGGGUGGGAGACACUCCUGUCCGGAAUCCUGGAAAUGCACGGAGCUGAAUCCUCGGAGGAAGCAGGUUGACUCUCCUAGCUUUCGAAAUUCGCCAGGCACAUUUUGCACCUAUCUACCGGCUAUUUGCGAACAAGCGAAGAUGCCGCAUGCCUGGCGAUCCUUGAUCUUGCCUGUUCUCACUCACUAGGAACACAUGCUGUAGAAUCCUAUCCAUGACACUUCACCUGCACAAUCAGAAUGAAUUUCAGGUAGCAAAAAGUCGUAUGGAAAAAUAUGACUUUUGAGCUGUCUGGCCCCCAAAUGGCACACAGGCUUUCCAUUUUGGUGUCUGUAAGGGACGCGGGUGGCGCUGUGGGUAAAACCUCAGCGCCUAGGACUUGCCGAUCACAUGGUUGGCGGUUCGAAUCCCCGCGGCGGGGUGCGCUCCCGUUGCUCGGUCCCAGCGCCUGCCAACCUAGCAGUUCAAAAGCACCCUCGGGUGCAAGUAGAUAAAUAGGGACCGCUUUAUAGCGGGAAGGUAAACGGCGUUCCGUGUGCUGCGCUGGCUCGCCAGAUGCAGCUUGUCACGCUGGCCACGUGACCCGGAAGUGUCUGCGGACGGCGCCGGCUCCUGGCCUAUAGAGUGAGAUGAGCGCACAACCCUAGAGUCUGUCAAGACUGGCCCGUACGGGCAGGGGUACCUUUACCUUUUCUAACCCUGGUUUAAGUAGUAGUAGUAGUAAUAAUAAUAAUUAAUUUAUUACUUAUACCCUGCCCAUCUGGCCGGGCUUCCCCAGCCACUCUGGGCAGCUCCCAACAGGAUAUUAAAAACACAAUAAAAGAGCAAACAUUAAAAACUUCCCUAAACAGGGCUGCCUUCAGAUGUCUUUUAAAAAUCAGAUAGUUGUUUAUUUCCUUGACAUCUGGUGGGAGGGCGUUCCACAGGGCGGGCACCACCACCGAGAAGGCCCUCUGCCUGGUUCCCUGUAACUUGGCUUCUCGUAGGGAGGGAACCGCCAGAAGGCCCUCAGCACUGGACCUCAGUGUCCGGGUAGAACAAUGGGGGUGGAGACGCUCCUUCAGGUAUACUGGGAUGAGGCCAUUUGGAGCUUUAAAGGUCAGCACCAACACUUUGAAAUGUGCUCAGAAACAUACUGGGAGCCAAUGAAGGUCUUUCAGGACCGGUGUUAUAUGGUCUUGGCGGCCACUCCCAGUCCCCAGUCUGGCUGCCAACAUUCUGACCACCUUGCUGUGUGUGAUGAUUCAAUACCCACCCAUCCCUGAGGCAAACACCCUCAUGCCUCAUUGUACAUGCAAAACAUUGCUUGCCCCAUUGUUCUCUCAAGCCAUCAGCUUCUGGCACGGGAGGCAGCAAAGACAGCUCAUAAACUCUGCCCUCUGAUGACUCCUGGGAGCAAACAGGGUUGGCAAGGCUACCUUGGCAGGCUGGCAAAUUUCCCUCUACGUUUUGUGGGUGGACUGCACCCAGCAGCGCUGUUUUUACCUUUGCAUGCCUGGGCACCGUGGUUUUCUCCCCACACAUUGCACAAGUAGCCCCUGCAGAACUCAUUGCCACUGUUUAUUGUGACGGUCAGUUGCACAGGGAGGGCUGUGUGGGUGGGUGUACAUGUCCCAAGGCCAGAUGUAGGUUUGAUGAGGCCCUAAGCUACUGAAUGGGGCCCUUUAUAUGUCUAGCUGUCCUUUGUCAACAACAAAUUGUCACUGUUUUUUGUCUUGAAUAUAUGCUAUAUGGUAAUUUAUGGACCUAAUAGGUAUCUAAAGCCAUUUGCACAUAACAAAUAGGCGCCUACACAACAGAAAACACUGUUGCUGUAUGUAGGUUUCAUUUUAUUUGUUUUUUAGCUUAUAUUUUGGAAAUGUACAUCCAGGUGUUUUUUUCUUUAGUUUUUUUGGGGGGGGGCCCAAGGGAGUGGGCCCCUGAGCUAUAGCUUGUUUAGCUCAGGGGUCAGCAAACUUUUUCAGCAGGGGGCCGGUCCACUGUCCCUCACACCUUGUGGGAGGCCGGACUAUAUUUUGAAGGGGGGGGGAAUGAACGAAUUCCUACGCCCCACAAAUAACCCAGAGAUGCAUUUUAAAUAAAAGGACACAUUCUGCUCAUGUAGAAUCACGCUGAUUCCCGGACCGUCUGUGGGCUGGAUUGAGAAGGCGUUUGGGCCGGAUCCGGUCCCUAGUUUGCCUACCCAUGGAUUAGCUUAUACGUAAAUCUGGCACUGGCAGUGCUGCUAAGUCAUGACUUCUACAACCAAGUGAAAAUUGGUGUUUGUAGCAUCUUGAGAGUCAGUCUGCUCUUAUUAGGAAGAUAAGGUGAGAAUGGUAGGGACGAGACUGAUUUUGAAAAAUUCGGAAGCCGGGCGUGGGGUGGAGACUGUGUAAGACUUUCCACAAUGACUUGCGUGGAGCAAUGCGCUUUCUGCUAGCACCAGCUGUGAGCUUCAACCCUGCGCUUCCAUCCCUCGAAAGCAAUUGCCCCAAAGUUUUCAGGCGUAUGAGAUGAUGAAGUGUUUAGCAAUAACUGAAGCUCCCAGGGUCCAGAACCUCUGAGGGAGAAACUGUUGCUGGGAGACUCACUUCUUUCUCCUUAAUCUUUUUGAUUUUUUUUUUUUUAAUUACAUUUGGUGGACACUGCAGAGCAGGUGGUUUUCUGCGGCAGUGGUGCGUGUGGAACUCGCCUUCCCCAGAGAAUUCUUAUUUUGCAGCAUUUCUGUCCGGUUGAGGAGGAGAUGGGUGAAAAGGUUUCACACUUCCGGUGCUGUUAAAUCACUGGUGUUGUUUUGAAUGGGUGUAAAGGUUUCGUAAUGAUGCCCUUUUUUUAUUACACAUUGUUAUCAAUAUGUUAAAAGGGACGCUGGUGGCGCAGUGGGUUAAACCACAGAGCCUAGGACUUCCGGAUCAGAAGGUCGGCGGUUCGAAUCCCUGCGACGGGGUGAGCUCCCGUUGCUCGGCCCCACGGCGUUUCCGUGUGCUGCUCUGGUUCGCCAGAAGCAGCUUAGUCAUGCUGGCCACAUGACCCAGAAGCUGUACGCCGGCUCCCUUGGCCAAUAAAGCGAGAUGAGCGCCACAACCCCAGAGUCAGCCAUGACUGGACCUAAUGGCCAGGGGUCCCUUUACCUUUUUAUCAAUAUGUUACAUAUUGUUAUCUGGGUGGUUGGUUGUUGUUUUUAAAAACAACAACACUAUAGCCUUUAAUGCAUGGGUAGGCAAACUAAGGCCCGGGGGCCGGAUCUGGCCCAAUCACCUUGUUUUUACAUGAGUAGAAUGUGUGCUUUUAUUUAAAAUGCAUCUCUGGGUUAUUUGUGGGGUAUAGGAAUUCAUUCGUUUCCCCCCCAAAAAAUAUAGUUCGGCCCCCCACUAGGUCUAAGGGACAGUGGACCAGCCCCCUGCUGAAAAAGUUUGCUGACCCCUGCUUUAAUGUAUACUGCUGUCUUCUUCAAUGCCCUUUGGGUAGUUCCAGUGCUUUCGCCUCCAAAAAAAGUUUAGGGGUAUUCCUAUUUCGUCUGAGACUCAGGAAACACAGUGGCAGGAAAUGAGGCCGCCAUCGCGGGUAGCAACGGAACUGACGAUUCACCAUGCUAGAGAAUAAACUAUUUAUUUAUUUUCAGUUUCUUCUCCCGUUAGAUUCACAAAUGUUUAUAAAUAAUAAAUAAAUAUUUUUUUAUUUAUACCCCGCCCUUCCCAGUUCAGAAAACCGGGCUCAGGGCGGCUAACAACAAAUUUAAAACACUUAAUGUAAAAGCAGCAUAAAAUACAGUAUAAAAAACAUGAAUAACUAUAAAAUUCAAAAAUCAAUGGGGGGGGGGAAAUCUAUCCAAUAAACAUUAGAUGAUCACCAGGGCUAGCUGGCUAAAUUAUUCCUAUUUGGGCCAGUGUGGAGGCCAGGGGAGAAUUAGCUGUGGGGUCUCAGAGUGGGUGAUCUUCAUAAAAGGGGAGGGGGAGGGAAGAGAAGGGAAAUAAAAGAUCAGGCUGAAUUCAGAUUAAAGGCCAGGCGGAAUAGCUCUGUCUUACAGGCCCGGCGGAAGGAAGUUAAAUCCUGGUCUCAUGAGAUAGAGCAUUCCACCAGGUGGGAGCCAUCACUGAGAAGGCCCUGGCCCUGGUGGAGGAUAGUCUGACUUCCUUAGGGACCUCUAAACUAUGGUUAUUCAUGGACUUUAAAGUCCUCUGUGGGGCAGACCAGGAGAGGCGGUCCCGUAGAUACGAGGGCCCUAAGCCACAAAGGGGUAUGCAUACCCCUAGGGAAAGAAAGCACUUGGUAGUUCUGUCAAUGUUAAAUGAGAAAUAAGGGCGCUGUUAAGAACCUGAGGCUGACCCCAAAGGCAGACAUCCGCCGGUUCUCAUGUCCACAAUCUCAGUUUCUAAAGAUGGCCUGUUGCUUAAUACCAGACACUGAGGACUAGUAACAGGGCUAGGAAUGGAUAUCUGUUUAUUGCAUAAAAUUUAUAUACUGCUUGAUUGAAAAAGAAACCUGAAAAAGACCCUGAAAGUGGUUUACAAAAAACACUGUACUGUAGUUUUUCCUUUCAUUCCCUUUCUCUUUUUUAGGUCUCUCAUUUUCUCGUCUUUUCUUCUUUGUUCUUUUUUAGACUUAAGUAGCUGCUUUCCUUAGUAUAUUAUAAAAAGCUACUUUGUAACGGGUGUGUAUCUUUGUAUAUCUAAGAAUAAGUAUCUGUAAAUAAGUUAACAGAGGGGGAAAGUGGUUUACAAAAAUAAUAAUAAUAAAAUUUUAUCGAUAGGAAAAAUUAACAUCAGUUUAAGAUUUUCCAAAAAUUAAAGUAGCAAUAGACUAAAAACAGAUUAAAAACUCGCACCAGCUUUCUAAAUAUCCGGGUGGGCUUGCCUAAACAAAAAUGUGCCGAAAAAAUUACAGGAAUAUCAAUAGGCAGGGAUUUCCAAAGUUCUGGUGCUGCCACAAUAAAUGAUCAAGUGCAGAUUGGGCGUUAUACAUUAAGGGGUCUUAGCUCCCUUGGUCAUCUAGCUGUGCCCCCUUGACCCUUUUGAUUAACCCCUUGCUCUCCUAACUUUCCCCCUCCAGAUGAGUCUGCUUGCGCAGGAGUGCCCUCUGGUCGUUGCAUCGCAGAAGAAGCAGCGGCUGGACCUUGAUGAUGCAUCUGAGACCAGUAUCCCAGAAGCCAAGCGCCCGCGUCUCAGCCUGCUGCCAAGCCCAAGCCCUUGCCUCCAACCCCUUGCCUCUAGCCCCCUUCCUGCCACAGACCGGGAGUCGGGGAUAUCCCAGAUUGGCCCAUAUAUCCUACUGGAGGCCACCGAAGGCGGCCGCUGCUACAGGGCUGUGGACAGACAUACGGAGGCAGAAUACACCUGCAAGGUAGGAAACCUGCUGGAGAAAAUGGUGUUUUGUUAACCCUUUGUUGAAAAAGGAAGAGUCCUGUGGCACUUUAAAGGCAAACAACUUUAUAACGGUGCAUAAUAGUCAUUUGUGGACUAGAGUCUAUAAUAAUAAUAAUAAAUUUUUAUUUAUACCCCGCCCUCCCUGGCCAGAGCUGGGCUCAGGGCAGCUAACAUCAGUAAAAUUACAAUAAAAACAAUGGGGGGGGGGGGAAUUUAAAAUACAGGUUUAAAAUGCAAUUUAAAAUGCAGCCUCAUUUUAAAAGUAGCCCAUAGAUCAAAACCAUAAGGGGAGGGAAACAUAAGGGUCAGACCGAGUCCAAACCAAAGGCCAGGCGGAACAGCUCUGUCUUGCAGGCCCUGCGGAAAGAUGUCAAGUCCCACAGGGCCCUAGUCUCUUGUGACAGAGCGUUCCACCAAGUCGGGGCCAGUACUGAAAAGGCCCUGGCCCUAGUGGAGACCAAUCUAACCACCUUGCGACUUGGGACCUCCAAAGUGUUGUCAUUUGUGGACCUAAAGGUCCUCUGCGGGGCAUACCAGGAGAGGCGGUCCCAUAGGUACAUGGGUCCUAGGCUGCAUAAGGCUUUAAAGGUCAAAACCAGACCUUAAACCUGACCCUGUACUCCACUGGGAGCCAGUGAAGUUGGUAAAGCACUGGAUGAAUGUGAUCCCCGUAAGGAGCCUCGCCGCGGCAUUCUGCACCCGCUGGAGUUUCUGGGUCAGAAUGAUUAUGCCAACCUUUGCCCAGCCGGUGCCCUCUAUAUGUUUUGGACGCACACUGACUGUGGCUAAUAGGAGCUGCAAUCCAAAACGUCUGGAGGGCACUGGCUUGGCGAAGCUGCCUUAUGCCAUGAUAAAUUUGGGUGUCUUUUAUGAAGUGCCACAAUAUUAUUUUUCCCAAGGAUGCCAUUUUUGGCAGAGCUGCUAGCGGCUGAGCUACGCUGACACCUGCUGGCUGAACAUGGAAUGUCAUGGCCGCUUUGAGUUGGCCAUUGUUUCUGAAAAACUCCCUUUCCUCCAACUCCCAACCCACCAAGUUUACUUAUGUACUAUGAAAAGACUUGAGGAUUAUGUGCUUUUGGAGGGGGGUGUUCUCUUUGGAAGGAGGGAAGCCCAGCUCCCCUAGAAGCUCCUCUGCCUUAAGCUCACCAAAGACUUUAAUUUUCCAACAUCGAUUUUAUUUUCUGUGGCACUUUUUCUCUGGGCACUUUUUUGGGGAAUUAGUGAACCAUGGACAAAAAUGGCCACAACUCUAUUGGUGCAGAAUGAAAGGGGAGUCAAAUAAAGAAAGGACACGCACACGGGGACACACACACACACACACACUUUUCUCUAAAGUGUUUCUAUUAAACGGAGAAUUAUUAUUUUUCUCCAGUUAGGGCCCAGCAAGAUAUACAGAGAAAAAAAUGCAAGGUUUUCUGUCACUGGACAAUAAAAUAGCUGUUUCUUAUUUAAUAAAGGAGGUGGUUACAAAGUAAUGUCAAUCGCAGGGCAAUGCCAUCCAUGUCUAAUUGAAAGUAAAGCCAUAAUUCACACUUUCAUAUAUGCAAUAUAUAAGAGUAGAAGCAACGAAAAGUAUCCAUUUAAAAACCUCAAAAAGCCAAGAAAUACUGAUGGGUUAAAAAGCGAAAAUUAACAUUGGAAAGGAGUGUCUAAACAAUAAUGACAUCUGAAAGACGGGAACGUAUUUUAUGCAUUAGCAUUUUUUUGGUGGAGAGAAAAACACACUUAACAAGGCUAGCCAUGCCUACUCUGAAGUAAUUCCCAUUGUGUUCAAGGGGCCCUGCUUCUAGGUAGAAGUGAACGAUAGCUUUACUUCCAAGCAGACAUGGAUAGGAUUGCGCUGUUAAGAGUGCCCAUGCAUUUGUCUUUUAAAGCCACCACUGCCUACUGUGGCAGCGAGUUCCACAGGUUAACUGUGCGCUGCUUUUGCGCUUGUUCUGCUCAUUUGCUUCCUUGUAACAAUUUGCUCCUUCUUUUUAGGUCUAUCCAGCCAAGAGCUACCCAGAGGCGCUGGCCCCUUACGCCGCCCUUCCAGCGCAUCCCAACAUCGCCCGUGUGGAGGAUGUGAUUGUUGGGGACCAGAACAUUUACGUCUUCUUCCAGCCUGGGAGGGACGACAUGCAUAACUAUGUGCGGCGGUGCAAGCGCCUUCCCGAGCCCAAGGCUGCUGUCCUCUUCCGUCAGAUGGCCGAAGCGGUCGCCCACUGCCACCAGCACGGUGUGGUCCUCCGAGACCUCAAACUGCGGAAAUUCGUGUUUGCUGACCAAGAAAGGUGAGGGGGUGAGAAGGGGCAUCUGUUGACACUUUCCUGCUCACUUGAUCAGCUCCACUGGACAUUAUGCGCGGCACGAGCUCAUCAGAGGCGCAUUUAACUUGGGCGAUUUCAACCAUCAGCUGGCUAGUGGAAGCUGCCGCGAGCAAGCCAGCAGGAAAUCACACCGAGAAAGCUGUUUCUUGUUUAAUAAAGGUGGCGAUUACAAAGUAAUACCAAUUGCACGGCAAUCCCAUCCAUGUCUAGUUGAAAGUAAAGCCAUAAUUCACAUCUACCUGGGAGCUGUGCCCCUUGAACACGAUGGAACUUACUUCUGAAUAGACAUGGUUGUUCAGAAUAUUCACUUGUGGCCCACCCUCCAAUUGCUAAUGCACAGAAUCAGGAUAUUUCUGGAGUUAACGCUUUAUUAGCAAAACAAGAUCUGCACAGGAGUGUCAGGCCUAAUAAGCGCAGCAACUCAGGUCUUGCUCCCAUGUACCGGUUGCCAAGGCUAAAGAUCCCCACCUCCCUAAAGAUUAUAUCUCCUCUCCAGGGUGUUUUGCAAGCAAUCAGAGACUGUGCCUGUAUAUCCUUCCGUUCCUUUGCUCCUCUCACUUCAUACCUCUCCUGGUUCUGGGAGACCAGGCAGGAAGAGAGCUUGUUGCAGCAGGAAGGGAAGAAACCUGUGCCUCUUCACCAGCCAGACUCCUCUCUGCCUCUUGUCUCCCUCAUCCCACCCUCCUGCUUCCACUUCUGCCUCUGAUUCUGGACUGCUCUCUGCCACAGACUCUCCCCGCUCACUAAGCCCUGUUGCCACUUCAGCUUCCGACACCUUCUCUUCCCUGUCUUCUCCCUCUGACCACUCAUUGUCGUCCCAUCAUGACGACGUGAGCCUUCCUCCCUUGGGGGUUCUCCAGGCUCCCACCAUUCCUCUGCAUCCACCCAGUCCAGGACAGCAAGUAAACUCUCCAAGGCGGAGAGCUUAAAAGCUCUUUUUGCAACGGGUCUGCUUAGGGUUACCCAGUGCGUAAAGUGCUUUUAAGCUCUCUCUAGGCUCUGAGAGUGCUCAGAAUGCCCUUCCUUCCUUCCUUCCUUCCUUCCUCCAACCCAUUAGCUGCAGGGUGGUUCCAAGGAUUUGGGUACAAGAAAUUACCCUGUACAUGUAGGACCCUUGGAACUGAACUCGUGCAUAAGUAAGAUGCAAUCGUACUGUUCAGUACUCAGGUUUAUGGCUUAUUGCAGAUUGACUGAUCCAAAUUAAGUGUCCAGAGUUGUUUUUAAAAUGUUUGUGCCAUACCUGCCUAUAUUCCUCCUAAAAUGUCUUGUGCUUCUUCCCCAACAGAAUCAUUCAAAUAAUUCAGGGGGCGGGGAGGAGAACCCAAACUCCUUAAAACCAAGAAAAGGGGGGAUCCAUCAGUUAUACAACCAAACUGUGAAUCUGCUCCCAAGCUUGACUGAUCCAUCCCUAUUGCAGAAUUCAGCUUUCCCAGUUGUAAAAUUAGGGGUGCUUUUCCAUUGUACAGUCACACCUCAGGCUGAAGUAGUUUCGGGAUGAAUAUUUUCAGGUUGCGCUCCGCGGUGACCCGGAAGUAAGAGAGUGUGUUACUUCUGGGUUUUGCCACUUGCGCAUGCGCAGAUGCUCAAAAUGACUUCAGUGCAUGCGCAGAAGCGGCGCAGUCACGUCUUACGUUUGCUUCAGGAUGCGAACGGGGCUCCGGAACGGAUCCUGUUCGCAUCCCGAGGUACCACUGUAUUCCAUUGUAUUCUGCCUUUGAGUGAUCUCUGGCUCCUGGCUAACUCUCCCCUUGGAUUUCUGCCCAGAUCCAAACUGCUGCUGGAGAAUCUGGAGGACUCGUGUUUGCUGAAAGGUCCUGACGACUCCUUGGAGGACAAGCACGGCUGCCCGGCCUACGUGGGUCCCGAGAUCCUCAGCUCCAAGGCGUCCUACUCUGGCAAGGCUGCUGACAUCUGGAGCCUAGGCGUGGUGCUCUAUACCCUCCUCGUGGGGUGCUACCCCUUCCAAGACACCAAACCCCUGUCUCUCUUUGGCAAGAUCCGCCGCGGGCGCUUUGCCGUCCCCGAAGACCUCUCGCCCAAAGCCUGCUGCCUCAUCCGCUGCCUCCUGCGAAAGGACCCAUCUGAGAGGCUGACGGCCAGCGGGAUCCUCUUGCACCCAUGGCUGGCUCCUGGCAGCACCCCCGAGGGCUCGUGGAGCGGCCCCUCCAGAGAUCAGGGGCUGGAGCAGGUGGUCCCAGACGUGGGGGGCUUGAGGGAGGUCAAGGCCAAAGAGGAAGAGGAGGGAGGCCUGUACAGCUGAGCCGCCAAGGAGAACGAGAUGGACAAAAAAGCAACAGGGUGACUCUUGUCUUGACUUGACUAGCCAUGAACCAUGGGAGGGAGACCCCCUCUCACCCUUCAGUUCCCUUGCUAGGAUCAUGCCCCAGAAAGAAGUGUCUUCAUUUGCCAGCAAACUGGGAGGACGGGUGCUUUGACAUCCAGGUCAGGGACGAUGGCGGGCGUCAGCACCUUCCUCGCAUCACGGCGCACGCUUCGUGGCGCGCUCCUCCUUCGCAUGUGCCAAAGGACCAUUCCGGAACUCUUGAUCCCCACCAGCAAAACUCUCCUGCGUUGAGAAAGGGGUGCUUCUCAGCAGCAGCCCUGCAGGACUCCGAAACUAAGGCCUGGAGCUCCGAGCCGCUGUUCUCGCAGAACGACUUGUUGGCAAAAGAGGUUCAGGUUGCAAAAGGAUGGAUUGAUUGCAAGAUCAAGGACUGGGAAUUUGUGACCGUUUGCCUCGGUCAAAUUGCCGGACUGGUUUUUUGUUUUGAACAGAAAGCGACUGUAAAGACACUCUCUUGCUGCAGUCCGGCUGCCAUUUUUGGGAGAAGUCGUUCCCCGUUCCGCAGUGUCGAGCGAAAGUAUGCCUUGCCUGGGGGGCCCAGAUGCCUUGUGAGGGAGGAGGGCAGGGUGCCAGCCUUGGAGGGAAGGGGCUGGGGUAAGCAGCUAUGUGCAGUCUCCUCCCCCCUCUUCUGACAACUCCUAGAAAACCUGUGGCCUUAAACAACUACACACACACCCCGCCCAGUUUUCACCACAGUGCCUCCAAUUUCUGCCCUUAAAAUGAGGUUCCCGGUGGGCCUCGUGGGCCUUAACUUUUUCUCUACUUGAAUUUACCUCAGUACUUGACAGUUUUCGGGGGUGGCUGGGUUGUGCUGCCAGCCCCCCAGCCUGAGACCUUCCCCACGGUGCCUUUCCUACUUGCCUCCCCAGGGCUGAAGGAGAAACUCAGCCACGCUAGGUGGAGCUGGAUCUUAAAAGCCUUGUAAAAUCAAACACGUGCCUCCGUCUUGCUUUCUUUGCGGGGUGCUACCCCUUCUGGGGUGCCCUGAAUAUUGCACCACAUCUCUAACCUCCAUUUUUGAACAACCAGAACUUCAUUCCCACCCCAGUAUUCCACGAAACGGUCCAUUGCUGGUCGUUUGAACCACAGGGAGGAGGAGGGUUGCCAACGCUCAAAGUGCGGUCCCUUUGCAGGGGUCUACAGGCUUCUCUUGCCAACAUUUGUGGGUGCUGGAACCCCAGCACACCCCUAUUGUCCUUGGCCUUUUGCAGGGCACCCAUGCUUGGGGGCCUGCAUAGAUUUUUCUCUACUUUUUUAUUGGGGGUUGGUUGGUGAGGCAACACUGCAAGAGGAAGCAUUUCUGACAAAAACAGGCAAAAUGUAUAGGCAUAUGGUAGACGCUCGGAUUGCAAACGUGAUCCGUUCAGCAUGCACGUUCGCAACCCGCAGCGGCACGUCUAUGCACACGUGGGUUGUGAUUCGGCGCUUCUGCACAUGCGCAAAGCGUGAUUUAGCGCAUGCGCGACUGCCGAAACCUGGAAGUAACCCGUUCCGGUACUUCCGGGUUUCGGCGGUCAGUAACCCGAAAAAACGCAACCUGAAGCAUCUGUAACCCGAGGUAUGACUGUAUAUCUCAGGUUCUACAAAUCCUCAAGACACACCGACCCCAUUCGUUGACGGCUUUCUUUUAACAGUCACGGCUUUGCCCAAAGAACCCUGGAAGCGGCAGAUUCUCUUUGCAGAGCUGCAGUCUCAGGAUUAUUGAGGAGUUGCCAUGCCAGUGUGGGACAAGAGUACGGUUUGGAGGCUGGGAAAGGUGGUGGUGGGGAUCGAUAGUGGGCAAACUUCACCCCUUGCCGACCCACAUGUCCCCAUUGAAAAGCAACUGCCGCCAGCCUACCCUGUUCCGGAGCAGAAUUUGGUGGGGUGGGGGGUGGUCAGACCUAAAGAGAUUCUGCUGCCUUAGCAAGUGCAGUUUCCAAACAGAAACCCCUAGCCUUGGAGCUAGGGAGGGUGGCAGGGAUCUCUGCACAUGGGCAGGAGACUGUCUCCACCCUUCUCUUGAGCUGUUCCAAACAGCCUUAGCACAGCCUUCUGCAAAAACCUGGCACCCUCUCAACAUUUUGGGCUCCCGUCGGCACUGGCUGUGGCUGAUGGGAACUGGAACCCAAACAUUGGGAAGGUGCGAGGUGAGAAAGGGCUGGAGUUAGCCCCACAUGCCAGAGGGCCCUGGCACGCUCACCAAGGCGGGCACCAAUGUGGUGGGCUGUUUCGCCUGGAGUCAGAAGGGCUGUUGAGCAGGAUCCUGACACAUACUUCAGGGUCUCUCUCCUCUGCCCCAUGCCAGCUCUGCCCUCCCAAGUUUGCGGUGGGAAAACAGGAUGUUGCAUUCCCACCCCCCCUGAUGGAAAGCCAGCUUUUAAUCUCUCUGUCUCCCUGGGACCUGAAAGGUCAGGUGUCCCUUAAGACAUGGUUGCAGAACUGGUUUUAAGAGACAUUCCUUCUACUCUGGGAAUUGUCCCUCCUGGAAGGGGGCUGGGCACCUCUCACAAGGCUCUCAGCACAUCAGAAGAGCUUGCUGGAUAGGAACACAGGAAGCCGUCUUACAUUGAGUGAGACCAUUGGUCCAUCCAGCUCCAUACUGUGUACACUGGCUGGCAGCAGCUCUGAAAGGUUUGAGGCAGCAGUCUCUCAUAACCCCACGGGGAGCGAAUCUGGGACCUUCUGCAUGCAAACUGGGCCAGUGACCCAUCUUAAACCCGCACCUUAAAGUGGCCAAGCGAAUUUGUUGUUUAGUCAUUUAGUCGUGUCCUACUCUUUGUGACCCCCUGGACCAGAGCAUGCCAGGCACUCCUGUCUCCCACUGCCUCCCGCAGGUUGGCUUAAACUCAUGCUGGUAGCUUCGAGAACACUGUCCUCUGUCGUCCCCUUCUCCUUGUGCCCUCCAUCUUUCCCAACAUCAGGGUCUUGUCCAGGGAGUCUUCUCUUCUCAUGAGGUGGCCAAAGUCUUGGAGCCUCAGCUUCAGGAUCUGUCCUUCCAGUGAGCACUCAGGGCUGAUUUCCUUCAGAAUGGAGAGGUUUUGGGAAACCUGCAAGCGGGAGCUGAUCGCAACAGCAACCUCCCAGCAUCCUUUGGGAGGGAGCUUUGACGGUUGAGCUGCUGCAAAAACGGGCGCACGGUUCUGCCCUCGGGGUGACUUUUUGUUUAUGCAGGAAGGGCGUGUUGGAACCGGUGCGGGCAGACGCCUCGGGCGAAAAAAGCCCAGCUUCUGAUCAGCAAACCUUGGAUACAAGGGUGAAACUGGGGGAGCUGGAACCCUGCUGGUGCUUUCAGGGGAGAGCGAAAAGGGUCAGUGAUUUGGCUCCUUUGGAAAUAAUACUCUCUGGUUCACAUGCAGCCAAAGAUGCUCCAGUUCUGGUUUAGUCCUUCCUGCCUCUGCCUCUUCCUUCCCCCCCCAGCCGCCCGUGAUCCUCCCUUGGUGUAAAUGUAGCUUUCAUACCUGACCAAAUAAUGAAACUACCAUUGGGAGAGGCCUUCUGUGUUGUUUUUUUAACAGAGUGAAUUCGCCUAUUUUUCUGUCUCUUGGAAAUUAAAAUAUGUAUUGAUUUGCUGUCGAGAG